AUGAAGUCGACCAUCGCCCUCUGUCUCGUUGCGGCCGUCGUCCCCGCCCUGGCCGCCACGCCCCUUGAGCGCGCCGUCUUCGCCCGCCAGGACACAAAGCUCUCCUGCAGCGACGUGGGCGAGAAGCCGUGCGGCAACGCCUGCAUCCCCCUCACCUACACCUGCUGCCCGGACCAGAAGGGCGGGUGCCCCGCCACGUCCGUCUGCCAGCUGGGCGACAACAAGGUCUACGGCUGCUGCCCCGUCGGCAAGACCUGCAACGGCGACGCCACCGUCACCACCAACACCCUCACCCUGAGCCGCACCAACACGCUCACCGACAGCGUCACCCAGACCCUGACUAACACCGACGACACCGUCCCCACGGACACUGCCUCGGAGACGGAGACGGGUACUGCCACCGAUGAGCCCCAGCCCACCCUGACGGACACCGUCACCCCCUCGGCCAGCCUCCCUGGCGGCACCAUCACGUCUGUCCCCGUCCCGACUGGUGGCAACGGCACCGCUGCGCCGCCCACGACCUCGACCACGGCCGUCAUCACUGCCGGUGCUGCCACCCACGGGCUGUCGGCCAUGGGCGGUCUGCUUGCCGGUAUUGCCGCCUUCCUCUUCUGA